CCACCAGCUCCAGGCCCGAGCUUAUGCAGCUGACCAGCCUUUGGGAAGAGGGACGCUGAACAGUGAAGACGUAGAGAAGGCGGGCGGGAGGCUGUGUGAGGCCGGCUGCCGUUGGACCCAAAGGCAGAGAGAUGGACCGGCUGGAAAGAAGCGGCCUCUGGGGCAAGAAGAAAGCCAGGCUGGAAGAAGAAAAAGCAGGCAGCGAGCUCCAACAAAUCCUGCCCAGAGAUGCCCGGGGCAACCCGAGGCAACAGCGCAAGGGCCGUCCUCCAAAGCUGGCACAGUGGCUCACAGGGUUCUCGGGACGAUUCCUCAGAAACAAAAGACCCCACAAUGUUUUUCAUCUGACAGAAAAUUCCAAAGGCUUCCAGGAGUUGGUCCAGGAUGGGUGGUUCCUGGAGGCCUGCCAGAGCAUCUCCAGGUUGGAGGAGGAAGGGCAGGACUGCGGCCCCCAGUAUGAGGCUGUGGCCCGGAGCAUGUGGCAGGUUGUCCAGCAGGCUCUGGACGGCACUGGGCCCAGCCAGGAGCUGGAGCAGAAGCUCCGGGCGGUGCUGGCCACUGUGGAGUGGACACAGGACCAGCACGAAAGGCGGAAGGCCAGUGCCCCCCAGGACGGCGGAGUGGCCACCUGGGCCGGUCAGCUGAAUAAGCUACUGAGAAAUGAUGCUGAGACCCAAGUGCCCACCCUGGGCCCCAAGGACCAGCUGGACCUGUACCUGAAGGAGCUAGACAAGGCAGUGAGACAGGGCCUGGGGUCCCCGCGGGCGAGCCGGUUGGGGACCUGCCUCUGGGAGGUCUACAGGACGUACUUCCACGAGGUUCUCCUCAGCCGCCUCUCUGAGCUCACUCAGUCCUGCGGUGCCGACUUGAAAAGCUGUCAGGUCCUGUACACCUGGGGCAAGACCAACUUGUUCGAGCAGCCUGGCAGGGAGACACUUGCAAAAGCGUGCCGGACCUCCUGGGAGCCAGUGGUUGGGCACCUCCUGGACCCCCUGAUGUUUGUUACUUGGAUGUCCCAAAUGCAGCAGAUGCUGGUAGGGCUGAUCCAGGAAGAGUUGAGAAAGCAUCUAGACAGAGUCGUGUUCUACGAUCUGAAGAAGUGGGCCCAGUGUUCCCACCCAACGUUUCUCGACGUUUUCCAGCUGCUGGAAGAGAGCAUGAAUGCAACACACCCCAUGGGACUACCUAUCAGUAGCCAGGUGCAAGGGAUGGUUCUGGAAACAUUUUCAGACUUUCUGAAAAGCUACCAGCAGAAGGCUGUCGGCUUCAUCCAGCAGAACGCGGUCGCUGGGGCCUUCCCGGAGCUGCACGUGCUGGCAAACUGCUGCAUCCUCAGGGAAACGUGGCAGGAGCUGACCCAGAAACGCGAUCCGCUGGUGGACCUGGGCCCCUGUGUGCAAGGGACCAUCCAUGACAUUGAGGACCACAGCCGGGAUCACCUCCUGCCUAGAGUCAGAGCCUUGUGCCAGAGUCUGCUGAGGGGCCACUUCGGGCAGAAGAACAAGGGUCUGGUUGGAGCUCUGCAGUUCCCGUGGCAGGGCCUGGAGGGCUGCCCCACCGUGCACUCCACCGCCACGUACGAGAGAACCAUGCGACGUUUGCACAUGGUGGUCUUUGGGGAGUAUGUCCUUGCCCUGGCCACCCACCUCAAGACGCUGGAGCCCAGGAAGUGGGAGGGCCUGCAGCAUCAGGUGCAAACAGACACCAGGGCUCUGCACAACAUCUUCACGAAGCACAGGGACCUCAGCUUGGCCCACCCGAAGGAGCCCAUCAUGGAGAUCUUCGAGUCCACUGAGAACAAGAACAAGGAGUCCGUGGAUGACUGGCUGGCCUCCUUCCGGGACAGAUUCCCAGGUUAUGUGAGGACUUACAAGGAUGUUCGCUUUAAACCCAAACCUUCCGGAGGACCAGACCCUUGUAACAAAAUUAGGGAAGACCCUUUCUUUUUGUCCUAGCAAGAGUACUGGGUAGGACAACUUCUUUCUCCUCUCCUUUUGUUGAUGAUUGGAAAACUCUCAAAAUCAUUCAUUCACGGCGGAUAUGGCCCUUCCGGGAUGCACAGUUCAUGUGGGGGUCCUAGGGCCAACUGGGAACUUUAUACAGAUUCAAACUCUUACCUCCCAUCUCCAUGACACCCCAAAGCCUUGAUGACCAAGACUGUGAAUCCCCGCCGUGGCUGCCUGCCUGAGCGUCGGCUUGGACUUUGGUCUCUAGCAGCUUUUCUGUUUGGGGCUUUUCCUUUUUUCAAUGUUGCAGAUAUGCAAGAAAGUGUUUGGUGACAGUUCAUCCAGAAUUUCUAGUCUGGAAAAUUCUUGCCAGUCAUCUGACCAACUUGAUGGACAGAAAGGGAGCGAUCGCUGGGCUUUGCGAUGACCGCAUCCGCAUUUGUCCACACGCACACCCUCCCGGGCAGAGACCACCUGCGUGUUUGCACUAUUUCCAGCAGUUCUCAGAGGACCGUUGUUCGCCCCCCACCUCCACUCCCUUUACCCCGGGAGGUUUGCGCAGUUGUCUGCAGAUGCCAACAGCAGGUGCUGCUUCCCCAGGAAUGC